CAGUUGUUUCCAAGCCCGUGGGAUAACGUCGAACGGAUUUUUGACACAUGCAAUAUAAAAUUGCAAACAUCGCAGGAAAGCCUCGAACGCGGUGUACGUUGUAUGUACAUGAGUACCCGCUGAUACACGUGCGGUCGGCACAUGAGAACAGAGAUAUCUGUCGGCGCUUUCUCUCCCUCUAGGCGGGCCCUUUUCCGCACGGAGACAAUGCGCGAGGAUGCCUGGCGUGGAGAAGGAAGGCACGUCUCUUCGCGUCAUGCGCGAGUGAUCGUCCUCCAGUGUCGUUAGAACCCGUUGGCGACGCCGCUGCGGAAGUAUCGAGUCAUGCACGGCCCGGAUAGGCCGUGUCCGCUGUGCUGCGCGCUCCGCCUUUCGCCAACGCUGCUGCUGCUGCUGCUACGCAAGAUGCACGCGGGGCGAGGACUAUGAACGCGUUGUCGUCGACCCGCGUAACGUCUGUAACGACAAUCGAAUCGCCGCCCCUGAGGUCGCGGCUCAUCGCCGCUGCCGCGAACGCGACCGCGACCGCGAGAAUGACCUAGGUCAGCUCGUCACCGGAAUCGUAACGCGAACGACUAGGAACUGUCCCCGGUACACGAUGCGGAAUCUACGUCAGAUGUGCUGGCUGUUUUGGGUGGGUCUACCGAUGCUCGCAGCCUACCCUCUGCCUUCGCCGCUCACCGCUGAUUCAGAGCACUCACGUGCUUCCUGGCACUGGGAACACUAUUGGAUGCGUUACGCGAUCGCUUUGUCGAGCGUCACCGCCACCGCGCUAACUUUGGCUGGAUGCCUUUGUUGCCAAAGGCACAGAAGACCUAAAGGAUUCCAGGACAAAGCUGAAAAAUGCAAUCAGGAAUUUAAAGAUGGGAGCAGUACGGGACAAGAGAGUGCGUUUGAUCGAUCUGUCGAAGGAUUGGAACUGGAUGCCUCCAGGACGUUAGCUGCUUCUGAGAGAAUUCAAUUUGAACCUUUACCAGUGGAUUCUAUCGUGUCUGGAGCUAGAAAUACUCCGAAACAUAUAGCGAUACCUUUGUCAGCGCCGCGUAUCGAGGAUCAAGAUACGGAUCGCUCUAUUCUACAGGAACCAUGUAGCGAAUGGUUCAACUCCAACGAGCUCUAUGUCCCCAGAGAGAAACUCAAGUAUCUUAGAGAAAUAGGCCACGGAUGGUUUGGAAAAGUCGUUGAAGGUCGAGCGGAUUUGGAACAGUCGAAAGGCAUAUCGAAAUCGGGCGGCGUAGUAGUGAGAAUUCUCACCGAAGAAGCUACCACCAGAGAAAAGGCUUGGUUUCUCGGCGAGGCAACGCCGUACUUGAAACUACGCCACCAAAAUGUCCUGGCUCUACUUGGUUUCUGCUUAGAAACCGAUCCAUACCUCCUACUGUUUGAGUCGUGUCCAGCUGGCGAUUUAAAAGGUUUCUUGCUAUCAAACUGCGAUAAUAAAUCAAGGGAAGCGCUCACCAAGGAAAACAUUCCGAUACGAAUUGCGAUAGAGAUUGCGUCUGGCUUGAAACAUAUGCACAACCACGGCUUCGCGCAUACGGAUCUCUCCGCGAGAAACUGUUUGGUUGCCCCAGACUUAUCAGCCAAGUUAGGUGAUUAUGGUACCGGUGUCGAGAAGUAUCCUGAAGACUACUAUAUAGUGGGAGACCGGGCCUUGCCCAUCAGAUGGUCUGCGCCAGAAAGUUUGAAUUGUACGGACACUACCAUCGAAACGCAAGAGAUCACGUUAUCGGCCAAUAUGUGGAGUUACGCGGUUCUUCUCUGGGAGAUCGCCAGCUGGGGCGAAAGACCUUACAACGAUAUGAACGAUGAACAGGUUAUUCAGAUGAUCCUAUCUCUAAAAAAGCAAUUCUUGCCAAACGGCACGCGACUGCUGCAAAAUUAUCUUACUAAUUGUCCGCCAAAUAUAUUUCAAAUGAUUCGCUUGUGUUUGAAUGUCAACGUGAAAGACAGACCUUCUUUGGACGACGUGAAGCAAAUUCUCUCGAACGAGCAUUCGACGCAUAUGGAUUUCGAGCAACGGUGGGAGAGUCUACGCGCAAAUAGCAAACAGCACGUACGUAGUGCUAGCUUGCAAGAUCUACGUGGUAGUAUUGAUUCCGAUUACUGGACUCAUAUAGUGGAUGACGCACAAACGACAGACUCGCUACAGUCCUCGUUUCGCCUUGGACCCGAUGAACAAGUGAGAAAUAUUCCCAGAAUGAAGACUGCCACGAUAUUUCAAGAGUCUGGCUCGGAGACCGAGGAGGAGAGUUGGAAAGGCCGAAUCGAGAAGGGUGUUUAUACAGAGAAAGUUAAACAGAAGUCCAAGUCUGUAACAGAUCUUAUGGUGCUUGUACAUAUCGAUCCUGAUUCCGAUGCGGAGUGGUCACUGGGAGCACCAACGUCGGAAAAGAACGUCAAGAAAAAGUUAUCUGUAACCGGUAGUGAUAGCGACCUUAGGCAUACCGUGCCUGCGGAUGAGUUUGAUGAAGCGUUGAAGAAAUUGAGAGAUCCUUUGCCAGCAAGCAAUGCUACUAAUAAAGUCCGGUCUUUGGAAAAUUUAGAACGGCCGAAGCUGUUGACUCUGACCACGGAUCAGAGCCAGACGCCAAUCUUACGUCUCUCCUUAGACAGCGCGGGAAAUAUUCCGGAAAGCAACGAUGGCACGCAAUGUAAUGCGAGCACAGAUAGUACGCAACGUGACGGUGAGAAGCACGUAUUAAGACUAUUGUCGAAGGGGGAUCCAGAUCUUCCCCUUCUUCGUUAUGUACCUGACCAAAUAUCCUCUGUUGAAGAAGUAGAGAAGAGAGAGGAUCGUGAAACGCGCGGUAUACCCCUCGUAAGUAAAGGGGAUAACAAUGAUAUUUCUAAUCACUUUGUUUCGAAUAAUGCCGAGACUAAUACGGUAGACGUUCUACUUUGGAAUCACGCGUUAGAUUCCGCUUUAGAGCACAAAGUACCAGGCUUCUCGGACGAAGCGGAAUUCAACGAAUAUAUAGACACAUCGACUGAACAAAGUAACGUUAGCGCACCAGAAUUGACUGUGACCGCCGUGUCUACACCAGAUACACCACAGUUUUGUAACGCUUAUUCAAUUUACACAGUCGAUGAUAGCUUUUCUAUGGUAGAGAACGCGGAAAUAGAACGAAAACCAUUGCCAAAUGACGAGGAAGAGGAAAGAAAGCAAUUGUCCACGCCGGAUGACGAACAGAGUUCCGAUUCCGGUUUUCGAGACAAGGAGUCUUGCGAGGAAGAGGAAGCGAUUUGUUCAGCACCCGGCAAUCCCCUGUCUUCAGUCAACAGUAAUGCAGUUUCCCGAUCGUCAUAUUCCGAAGAAGAGCCAUUCCAAAUUCUAUUUGAGUUAGAUACUAUUCUAGAUGCGGAAUAUUGCGCCACGUCCGCUGGCCCUGAAAGUAUAACGGAACUUGACAUCGAAAAAAAUAUAUCGCCAUCGAAACAGAAUACUUCCGAUUUAAAUGACGCCUCUGUUAAUGUUGACGUUAUCAAUUCCGAUCCAAUUACGAAGGAGAGUCCGAAUCGAGUGGAAGCAACACGUGAAAAUAUGGUAGAAGAAGACUUCGAGAAAGACGCAACUCUUGAAAAAACGCAGAAGUCUGAGGCCAAAAAUGAUAUCCAUCAAUCGUGCGAUUCAGAAACGGAGAUACGCGCUUUAAAAUUGGACGCCUUCAACACUCUGCAAGAUGAGCAGUGCUCGCAGGGAGAUUACGAAAACGAAGAUGAGGACAGUUCGACGGUGAGCCUACGUAGUGACAACUCGUACGUGUCGUUCGGUAUGGAGGAAGAAUUUGUAACAGCGAUUCGUAACGAACUCAGGGAAAAAUUGCCUCAGGCUCAGAUGCAGAUCGUUGAAUCCUUGGAAGUACACGACGACGAAACUCCUUCCAUCUCUGAUGACGCGUACGUCAAACAGUGGGACGAUGAAGAUGGCGAAGAUUUAUCCAAUCAAGUUAGCGGAGGUGUGGAUAUCUCGAUCAGGUAUAACGUAUAUGGAACGCCGCUCAGUCCUAUUCUGGAAGAGCGAGAAAGCACCGUCACCUCCGAGUCUUUGAUGUCAAACUCUAGAGAGACAUCCGUUGCUUCGAGAGAAUCGAUGCCGUCCGAAGAUGUGCUAAUGGUGGAUACUCGUACGAAUGAAAUGAUAUUGUUGGAGGGACGAUUACAAGACGAAGAUCGAGAUACGACGAAUGGCGAUCUGUCCGAAGAAGAGAAUUUAGAUUAUACUUGUUCAGUAGUGCAUCCAUUAGAGGAUAAGCCGCGUAUCGUGAAGGCGAGCGGAGGCGCGCCAUUACCGAGUCCCGAGGAAGAAUCCAAAUGGCAGCAGUUACCUUCGUCUUUCCCGUUACCUCUACCAAUGCAAGAAGAUUUGAUGUCGACGAGUUUUGUUACCGAACCUGAAUGUUGUAGUCAGGAUGAUGACGAAGAGGAAGAGGAGGAGGAGGAAGAAGAAGACGAAGAUGGAGAAGAAGAAGAAGAAGAAGAUGAGGAUAAUAGUUCUAGUUCCGGUGAAUUUGUAUGGAAGAGAUAUAAUGAGCCGCAUGUCGAGCAAAUACGAAUCAGAAGUACUGUGAAUAAUGAUACAGCGAAUACACCGACGAGUGCCGAAUUAGAGGAAGAACUGGCAGUCGAGGACGAAGAAGAAGAGGAAGAAUUCACACCCUCGGCCUGGAAUGCCGCUUUAGCACCACAUCGAUCGGCACUGAGGUCUCCGGAUAAAACGUUAAAAUCAGGGGAUGAGUUGGAUCAGAAGAAGAGCGUAUGGUUCAAGAAGCAACGCUAUCAGUGCGUAUACGAGUACCCGAAAGAAACAUUAUCGACGGACAAUCAAGCGGAUGCUAUUACCAACUCGGAACCAACGUCAUACUCUGAUUGGGAAGAAAUGAUGAAUGAACCACGAUUAGAUUUAUAUCCUUUAGAUUAUGAUGAUGCCAAUCAUGUUGGAAAUGAAGAAUUUUUUGUGACUAGCUCAAAUCGACCCUUUCAGUUUCAAACUGGCGAAAGUAAGUACGUUAGCCAAUUUUUUCCCGGUGCAAACGUGGCUUCGUUCUCUGACGAUCGAGAUGAAACGGAUAGUUGCCGACAAGAACCGCAUCAGAACAAUAUUGAUUUUGCGCAUGAAUAUGAUCAGUGUCAGCAGCAUCAGUUAGGAGAGUUAAGACACACUAGAGAUCGUUUAAAAUUAAACUUGGUAUCAUCGAAUGGUACACCGUCCGCUCCGUUCGUUUCUGCGAGACAGUUGUACGCGGACGAUGAGCAUUUAAACAUUAAAGAGAAUCACGAAUCGGAACUUGUAGAGAAAGUCGUCACACAGGACCAAUGUAUUGUAUCGAGUCCAAUGAAUGACGAUAACACAUUGCCAAAGGUGCCUCACGAAGAUGUUCAAGUUAGUUCAUCUUCUACAAGAAUUUCUCAGUGUGAUAGUCAGGAGACGCUGGAACCCACCGAGAAGUGCAGUGUUUUAGCUCGUGAUUAAAAUGAGACUAAAGUCUGUAAUGAAAUUUUAGGAAAGACAGUUUAGUCCAAGUCCGUCCGAAACAAUUUCAUCGUGAAGUUGUGGUGAUUUUUUUUUUUUUUUUUUUUUUUUUUUUAAGCACGCGAUCCGAUUAUCACCGAUGAGAUUAUUAUCACGACUACGAAUCUCGAACAAAUGUACAUAAGAAAGACGUAGCGGAUAAUUCACGAGGCUAUACAAGUCGAUCGGUUGUCUAAUGGAUCUUGUUAGCGGAAUUGUUAUGAUUGUAGCAAAUACGAAAAAAACGUGUCAAUAUAUAAAUAAUCGCGGCUUUAUAUUAUUAAUAUUAACUGAUAUUAAUACAGCUUUCUAUCCGCAUGACAAUUUAGUCAUGAUAGAACAAAGUAACAACGGAGAGACUGUGUAAAAAGUGGACAUAAGUAUUAAUUUUAGACAAUCGAUUUGUAGAAGCUACAUCGAAUUACGAUGAACAAUUCGUUGCGCGUGUAAAUAAUUAUUGUUUAUAGUAUAAGUGUUAUAAACGAGCAGUAGUGCCUAUGUAGAACGACACGAUUAUUUUUGUGACUCUUCUAUAGGAAACUAUAUAAUCGUCUUUCACGUCAUCUCUUUAGUUUUCUUUGCCAAACACUCUCAUUGUCAUAUGUUGAUAUUAAUUAAACAUUAUUAACAAAUCUGCUCUCUAUCAAAGUAUUGUAUAGCAAAGUAUAUAUGGGACUGCCAUCCCACUUAUAAGGAUUUAUGGCGAAGGAAAAACAUUAAAAUACUUGCACAACUAAUUUUCUAUAUGAUAUAUACACGAUGUAUUGAUAGACUUUUACUUUUAUUAGAUCUGUGAUGAGAAGAAUAUAGUGCGUAUAAUAUGUUUUAUAUUGGAUUUAAGGAAACAAGACGAGAACUCUUGCAUUAUCGAAUAUGUUUGAGUUGAACAUUCGUGUAUAUCGUACUAAAGCGAGAAUCCGUCAAACCGAUUUGUUUUAAUCGACUGCGUGAUACGAAAAGCGAUCAUGUUACAGAACUUUUGCCUUUUCUGUGCUAACAUAACAGAAAAAUCAGAUAUUUACUUUUAUGCUAACAGAUAACUUUGUGCGUCUACAGUACAUUUGUUUCACAAUACCGUGUGAAAGUGUGCAAUACAAAUAACCGUUAAUAAGUUUAAUAUUACAUUGAUAUUUCUGACAGAUUUGAAAUUCUCGCGAAAGCGUGAUAAACAUGAGUACGAUCGCAAAUGCUGUUUUAGAGAAUUUUUACAAGUAUUUGUUUGCAACAAUGUAUCUUGUUGUAUAAUUACUUGUCCUGGACACGAAGACUGUUGUAAGUAGAAACGAAUCAAUGAAAAACUAUCGAAAUGCAAAUAUACUUUAGCGUCGUACGAAAACCGUGUGGAAACUUGUGCCACUGUUACUUCAAGAGUGCACACGAUAUUGAGAGGAUAUACAAACUAAUCGCUGCUAUGCUGUAGCACUGCGAUGCUCUCAUGUCUCUCGCUAUUACCACACCUAUUAUUACUGAUACUGCUUUGUGCUCACACACUAUGACAUAAGCUAAAAUAGAGAACAAUUAAUAUAUUGUUAUACAGAA